CCUUAAGAAACCACCAACCAUUGACGGACCUGGGACCAUCAAUAGCAUCAAAUUACCCUCAAACAAUCAACUGAGAAAGACACAGAGAAAGAGUACCUGGGAGGCUGGGAUUCGAAGAGAAGCAAGAAAGCACUUAGAGUCGAGAGGCAAGAAAGAGCAAGCUACUGAACAGAUAGAAGUGUUCAAAAAAAGGCGUAAGAGAGGCGAGAUGGCAAAAGAAGUGACUGGUGAGGGAGGCAAGAUGAGGAGACUAAAUGCGAGAGAGAUAAGACAGAUGAG